GGGACUGCCCAGUAUGGGCCAAUAGGCCCGCUGCAGUUUCCUCCAUUCUUAUGUUCUUAUGUUCUUAUGUUCAUGUAUCGUGCUUAUGGGGAAUAUUGAAUUAUAAUAAGGAAAAAAUCAUGGUGCAAAAUUAAUAUUGAAAAUGUACAAAUAGAAAAAGAAUGUCAAUAUGCUGUAAAUGUUUUUCACGUGGCAUACGCUCCCCCACCCCCCCUCGUGCCAACCUGGCGUCCCCCAGUUUGGGAACCACUGCCCUACUAGACCAUCAAUAUUAUUUCACAGUCGUCCGCUUAGUAACGAAGAAUAUGUAUGAAUUUCGGUAUAUUACCCUCAACAAAAUAAUUAUAUCCUAAUAAUAUCUUAUUGGUAACAGAUAAACAAAUUAAUAACAUCGACACUGUCAUAAGGCAAAAAAAAAUAUGGAAACAGCAUAUUCACAAUUUAUUUCAGUUAACCCUUGUACUUAUUAAUGUUUUGUUUGUUUUUUCUUUAUACGGUACCAUAUUUAUGAUAUGGCAACUUUGAAGCAUUUGAGGUGAAUGUGGGGUAGAUGAUUAGUGGGUCUCAUGUUUUUGACUUGACUUUACCGGACAGGAUUCUUUAACACGAGAUAAGGUUUCUCAAGUUUUAAAAUGCAGACAAAGUUACCUUGCUUGUUCUUACAAUACUAAAAAUUAUUACUAAAUCCUGACUUAGGCAUACUUUAAUACAUUUAUUUACUGUGUACAAUUUGCUAAAGAAUGUGAUGACAGUUGUACGAUGUGACUGGGGAUUCCCAAGUUAGGCUUAGGUCUGCAUUUUAUACCCAGAGAAACCUUAUCUCGUGCUAAAGAAUCCUUUCUUUGUCCUUGCCUACUUUAACUCUUUAUACUACAGUAUAUGGGUUUCCCUCUGAGCUGAAUAAAAUCGUCCGGCAUAGCCAAAUAAAAUAUUAAAAGUGGUGUUCCUCAUCUUCAUUUUCAAAGUCUUCCUUACCUUUGCUGUUUGCUUGAAGUCCUAGACAAGAGCAAAAUUGUGCAAGGGGGAAUUGGUUUUUCUCACAGUCACAAGAUAUUGUAUUGGAUAAAGAUAUUUAAUAUCCCAGUGGUGACACCCCUAAGCUGUUUUAACUUGUCUUUCUAAUUUACAGUAGGGUUCACAUAUUUUUUUUUUUAAUUUCUGCAUCAAAAUGAUUUUUCCUUUGCAUUAGUCAGUUCAAUAUAUUGUAGUGUAUAACUUUCCUGACUUAACUAAUGGAUUUUUUUGUACACAACAAUUGAUUUUUUUUAAUAGCAGUUUAAUACUGUACAGUAAAACCAGUGACCUGUUCUUGUCACCCUUGUAGUUUUCUGCUGGAAAAUUACUCUUAUUUUUAUGCAUUCAUCAUAUAAGAGUACUGUACAGUAUAGUAUAGUGCAUGACAGUGAGUAAAUGGUGCACUUACUAAUGCUUGAUCAUUUUUCAGGUGCAGCCAACAUGCUGACGUGUCCCAACUGCCACCAUGUGUUGGCGGCCCACUCCUGCUGCGGAAUGACCUUAAUGCCACCAGCCAUGCACUGCCCGAUACCCACAGCACCCAGUGUGUCCCUGGCGACUCCAUCUCCUGGGACCCUCAUUAUGGGCCCCUCUCUAGGGGCCGUUCCAUUCAACGCCAGUGCCACGCAGCAACCAUCACCACUGGCCACCCCGCAUGUCAGUGGACAUAUGUUCCACUUUCCAUCACUUCACAUGCCAAGUCCUGUAGUUUGUCACAGUUCCUGCCAUAUGGCGUGUCAUGCAACAAUGCACUCACACUGUGUAGGCACCUGCCGAGGAGCAUGCAAUGGAGCUUGGAGGUGGCCAGAUAGUGGAGGUCAGAUACCAGCUCAGACGUUAACUACACGUAUGCACACAUCAGGUGGGGGCAUAGUUGAUGAGAGUGCAGGAGUUAAGACAACACUGAGGGACAUGCGAGACAGUUUCAGCUGUGUAAGAGAUUGGGAUGAAGAUCAUGUGUUGAGUGCAACGCGACAGGCUCUGGCAAAGAGUGGAUGGUACUGGGAGCGAUUGUCUUGGCGUCAAGCAGAAACACUCUUGCAAAGUACCAGUUUAGGUACUUUCAUUGUUCGGGACUCGGCAGAUACUAGAUUUCUUUACUCACUAAGUGUGCAGACAGAACGGGGACCCACCAGUGUUAGAAUCCACUAUACUGGGGGUAAGUUUCGCCUCGACUGUGAGUCACACAUGACAUCAACAGUCCCUGAGUUCUCCCACGUUAUCACCCUUAUUGAACAUUACAUCCGCAUAAAUCGAAAGUUACAACGGCAUGUGUGGGUAGAUGCUGAGGGUAAGGUGUAUUCGCCUAUCACCAUAAGGCAGCCUCUCAAACGAACUGUACCAUCACUCAAACAUUUAUGUCGUUUAUCAAUUAAUCAGUCAUUUCACCGCUCUUGUAGCACUGUGUUCCUCCCUCCAACUUUGUCUGAGUAUAUUAAUGAGUACCCAUUUUGGUGCUAAUAAUGAAAGAGAACUUUCAGCAAGUUCUCCCAUUGACUUUCUUAACAAGUGCUCACAAAUUGCAUGCCAAUCUGUCAAGGCUUUGAGUGCUAAUGGUGUUAACCAAAGCAUGUAGUGUUAAAGUUUGAGUCCCAGAUUAGUUACCUUUGUACCCUUGCAGCAAAACCACAUAAACCACAGUACGUAAUAAGUUGAACAAAAGGUAAACACAAAAAUUUUAUUCAUGGUUUAACUGGUGGUCCCAUUGUAAUGGACCCCCACAGGAGUACUUGUUUGGGUAAUCAUCACAAUGAAGCUAAAGGUGAUAACAGAAAACUAUCAUAGAACCAAUGGUACCUAAGGUUUUUCAUCCCAGUGGGGCACUUGAUUGUUAGAGUUAAUUACUAUCAUAGCUGCAAGUGAACACCAGGCAUGCAGCUAGCGGGUGCUACACAGCUGGUGCUUGUAGCAGUUACUAAUGAUCAAGUGGCCAAUGAUCACUACAUUAUCUCAGUUUCAAAACCAUUCAAUUUUUAGCUGAGAUUAUAGCUAAACUUAUAGGAAACUAUUUAUAAUUUACACUAACUAAACUUGUCACAUAUGCUAAGGUUUACUACAGUCUGCAUCUGUGUGUAAAUUGUCAUUAGUUUAGUGACUAUUCACAAUAUUCAGGGAUUUGGAAUGUUUAUAAACCAAUGAUCUGAGAGGAGAUUUUUCUUUCCAAUAAUAUUAGGGUAGAUAUGUCUUCACAAGGCACUGUAUGAGCUUCCAAGUAAAGUUAAUUGGAAUCUGUAUAAUUAUUAUGUAUUAUUGGAAGAACUGAAAUUCAGUUAUGCUGAUGAUUAUAAUUGACAUUGUGUGAUAAUUGAAGUUUUUUGAUGAGCUUUUCUCAGUUUACCAAUUUUUUUUAAUUAUGUUACAGGGGUAUUAAACUGAAUAGCAUGUUGUGCUCUACAUAAACAAAAAUUUAUUCUGGCUAUGUAUGACCAAAUAAUGUGUAGGAUACCUUCUGUCCAGGACACAUGAUGGUGUGCAUAUUAAGUUAAUUAGAGGAUUUGUUUUACAUAUGGUAAUGUAAUUAUCUUCAUUCAGCAACAUAUAUUUCCAAUGAAUAAUUAUCUAAAGUAGUUACCCAUUACCUCUUAUAUAUAAUUUUUUCUUGAAUUAAUGUGAUACAGUGGUUGAUAUAAUUGACAGUUAUGGAUACAGUAUGCAGUAUCAGGUAUUCUCUUCAUAUCUCGGUUUGUUUUGUAAUUAUAAGGAAGCAUUAAAAGUAACUCCAGUGUCGUCCUACAAUUAAGUUCUUCACAGAAGAAGGACUUACCGGUAACAUCUCUUUGGUCUUGUCUUAAUGUAAAUAAAGUCUCUUAAUUACUCAUAACUUCUAUUCAUACUCUUCUAAUGUUUCUUUCAGUACAAAUUAUAAGUUGAAUAUUUUUAUUUAUUUAUUUUUAUUUUUGUAUUUAUUUUUUAUUUUUUGACGGACCUGUUGAUAGUAGCCACAGACAUGCAGUACAGCAGAGAACUACACCCUUAUGGAUUUAUUUUCUUAUGGCAGUUCUUGUAUAGAGGGGGGGGGAGGUAAUUAAGAAUAAUGUACCUAUAUUGGUUUAUAAUGUUUCUUUGCAUUUACUUAUUUAUGAAUUUUAAUAUGAAAAAUGUUCAAAUUGUUUGUUUUAAUUUAGAGGAGUCUUUCCUCCUUUAAUGCUUCCAUUUACAAGCUUGUAGAUAGUUCUUUGUAAAGUGUUUUAAGUUACAAUACCUGUGUAAAUAUGCAGACUUCCUAUGGACUGAACAUAUCCUUUUUUUUUCUCCAAAUAUACUGUAUAAUGGCAAUGGCCAAAAGUAAUAACAUUUUAGGGUGUUUUACAAUUUCUAGAAAACUUCUUAAAAGGCAUUGCUAAAUACACUCAUAUUUGUUAUUUUUCAAUAUUAUAUGUGAAUCUCAUAUAGGCUUAGAUAAACUAAAUCAAUUUGCAUCCAUUUAUGAGGUGCCAAAUCAAAGAGAAUUUAGUUUUCAUAUAACCAAUGAUAUGUCGUACGUCCCUCUGUGUAGCACUUUAGGUACGUUUCCCUCUCUGUACAGUGUAUUAGGGUAGUUGAGCUGUAAAUAUAAUCCAACCUUCUUUUAUUGUAAGAUAAUCAGUAUCAUGUUAUGCUUUUUAUAUUUAUCUGUAUUUUUGUAGAUUUCGAGUUUACUUAGUAAUCUGUGAGCACAUUAUGGAAGGAGGGACCAGACUGUCCAUGGUAGAGAACUUGGCCAGGCAUAAAGCAGCAGCUGCCUCUAGAACCAUUCUUGUUAUUUAUACAGGGUUAUGUAAAUACUAAUUUAAUUUGCCUAUGAAUAAACUCUUCCAUUUUUACAUAAUGAUAUUGAUAAAAUAAUUAUUGCUAGAUAUAACCUCUUGCAGUAAUUGUGACGCUAAUCACACACCUGCCUAGGUCAGGUAAACCAUUAACCAGUAUUAAUGCCACUCUGGGAUCAGUAACAAUAUCACCAGUUUACAAUUAUUAGGAAGAUGAAAUGAUGUUUGUUUCGUUUUCAUUAGUGAGAAAUAUCAGUUUUUAAUUAAACAAGUGGAAAUUUACUUUUAAAAAUAUUGUUUAGAAAAGUGGGUUGCAAACAUAUCUCACUAAAAAGUUAUGAACAAAUAAGCCAUAAUUUAAGUGAGGUUCAACAGGUAAAAUUGGAUUAUGAAAUUGUCAAUUGAUAUUUACAACAUUACUGUGUAUCGCCAGUAAAGAAAAUCUCAAUAUAGUUGAGUAUUGAAUUUCAAACUUGUUAGCUUUUCUUUACCAGUGUUGCACAUUAGAAUCGUGUGUGUGUAUAUAUUCUUAUUUCAUCUAAGAGAAGAUAAGUGUUUAAUUGACAAAAACAGAUAUUUUUAGAUUAAUUUUGAACGAUGGAUUAGUCCCCCAAAAAAUUUACUGGAAGACUGGGAGAAUAAAUUUUGUAUAUGGUACUAUUAUUUGUAUAUUAUCUCCAAGAACAAACCAGUCUACUUUUCAUGUGGUACAAUGACAGUCAUUUUAUCUUCCUGGGAUUGUUAUUGAUGCAGAGAAAUUAUGAUGUUAAACUUUUUCUUUCCCAUAGAGUACAGACCCUAGGAGAGAGUAACCCCACACCUCAACACAGACCUGCACUCGCAUAGAACCUCAAUUUAUAGUAAACCAUCAUCAUUUAUGUUAACCAUUUACUUAGGGGUCAUGUAACCCCCUACAACCAUUUCUUUAAGUCAUGUAAGUCCCUACAACCAUUUCUUUAAGUCAUGUAAGUCCCUACAACCAUUUCUGUAAGUCAUGCAAAUCCUUACAACCAUUUCUUUAAGUCAUGUAAGCCCCUACAACCAUUUCCGUAAGUCAUGAAAAUCCUUACAAUCAUUUCUGUAAGUCAUGUAAGCCCCUACAACCAUUUCUGUAAGUUAUGAAUAUCUCUACAACCAUCUCUGUAAGUUAUCAACAUCCCUACAACCAUUUCUGUAAGUCAUGUAAAUCCCUACAACCAUUUAUGUAGGUCAUGAAAAUCCUUAUAACCAUUUAUGUAAGUCAUGAAAAUCCCUACAACUAGUUCUGUAAGUCAUGGGAAUCCCUACAUCUUUCGCUUCGAGUAGCCUGAAAUUCUGGUAGACUCAUAAACCUCAGCUAAUGGUAAAAAUUUUCAACUGUUCCUUGGUCUCUGUUAGUGUCACACAUCUGAACAUCAUAACGAAAUGAAACAGUAGAGAGAACUUAGUGUAACCAGUUGUAGAUUAGCAGCUAUGAUGCCACACAAUCCAACAACUGUGUAUGGGUAGGAAACAUCUACCCUCUCCUCCCUCUUCUGGGUAAGGCUUCAUAUUCACAUGUAGUUAGUUGUUUAUUAAUUUAUUAUGAAGAAAAUGCCUUGAUUUUUUUUUUGUACCUUAAAGUGCUCCCAUAAUGACUUUGAAGUACUGUAGUAUAUCUUCCAAAUAGAGUAUUUCAAUAGUCCUGAUAUUUAAUCCUGUGUGACGUGUACUUUUUACGCAAUAUAUGAUUAACAGGUAUCUACUGUAUUUUUAUACUGUCUUGUUUCACAAUAAAGUAUAUUGAUGUAAUUUACCACAUAAACUUUGUGAUGAAGCUUUACCCAAGGCUAACAGGUGCUGCAGAAGAUCACUGUGGUACGUAGUGUAGUUCUUACGAAAAGCAACUUUAAUAUUGGAAUUAUUACUGCUCUUCUGAUUUAUGAUUGGUUAAAAGUGUACCAAAUGAAAUGGAAUAAAACUUUUAAUAAAUAAGUAUGUCAAGUACACUAUUGCAAUAAAGAGAUAUUAUGGUAUGCUAAUUACAGUGAUCUUUGCACACUUGACUCUUAUGGUGCAGAAUCUUACUAUGGUGCAUAAAGUGCAUUUGGUGGUGUUUACACUGAUAGAUCAUAAUACUCGUGAUAACUAACGUCUUUAUUACUUUACAUGUAAUUAACAAUCUAGAACUGUCUGUAAGGAAGCAUUUUUGUUUCGCUAUACAAUAAUUGUAUUUUGAAACUUUUAUAAUUGAAAAGUUCUUUAGCCCUUCUAUAAUAUUUAUUUUGAAUUUGUUGUAUGACUCCUGAGUAGUUCCAGUAUAGUGUUUUCUUGUAAAUUAUCUCUUGUGUUCUUUAUAAAAAAAUGAAAGUUACAGAUGAUUUGGCCAACUAGCACUGCAGAAGAAAACUUACUUUGACAAAACUAAUAGUACAAUUAAGUAGGUUUUAUUUUGUGGUAAAAGAUAUUCUUCAAAAAUAUAAUCACAGUUUCCCCUCAAAUUUCAUAUUUUGUGAUUGACUCUUACCCAGAACUUAGUAUGAAUUAGAAAUGUAUGUUUGCUACUAAGUAUACAAGGCAAAUAGUAAAGUCAAUUAUUUUACUUCCGACACAUCUUUGAUUAUUUUUAACAUACAGGUACUGUACUACAGUAACGUGUUUAUGUACAAGUGUUCUGCUAUUGGUGAUGGUCAUGAUGGUGAUUAGUUGCUAGUAAUUCACACUUGGUGUUAGGUCUUUGAACAAUGGGCUCAAAGUGAGGCUGACAUAAGUAAUGAAGUACAGUGUAGUCUGCAUUUACGCGGUCAAUUCAACCCGUGGAGGCCCGCGUAAAAUGAGAAACGUGUAAAUGAAAUAACAGAACAUAUGGGAUUAAUUAAAAUAGAGAC